AUGACGGAUUCGAUGUCUGGACGUUUGAAACGUUUCGAUGCGUACGCGAAAACGCUCGAUGAUUUUCGUAUUCGAACAACCAGCGGCGGAUUUGUUACGAUAAUUAGUUCAAUUCUCAUGUUCGUUUUAUUCUUUAUCGAAUUAAAAUAUUACUUGUCAAUCGAUGUCGUUCAAGUUCUAUUUGUUGAUACGAGCCGACAAGAGAAAAUGAAUAUCACUCUCGAUAUCAAAUUUCCGGCCUUGCCUUGCAAUUAUCUAACGGUCGACGCCAUGGAUGUUUCAGGCGAUUCUCAAACAGACAUCGCACAUAAUUUAUUUAAAACAAGAUUAGAUUUAAAUGGAAAUGUUCUUCAAGAUGAAAGUAUCAAAGUGUCUUUACAGCCUAUAUCUAAAUUGAAUAAUACCAAGGCGAAUAACGAACAUAUUGAAUCGAGCACGAAAGCCGAAUGCGAAUCGUGUUAUGGUGCAGAAUCAGCCGUACAAAAGUGUUGCCCGACAUGUGAAGAUGUGAAACAAGCUUAUCGAGUGAAAGGCUGGUCAUUUAAUCCAAGUGGUGUUCAUCAAUGCGCUCGUGAAGGAAUAACAACUGAUACACACGCUGAGGUGAAACUAGACGAAGGUUGCCGCUUGCAUGGUCAUUUAGAAGUGAACAAAGUAGCUGGUAAUUUUCAUAUUGCACCCGGUCAUUCCUAUCAACAGCAACACGUCCAUGUUCAUUCGUUACAAAAUCUUCGUUUAAAUUCGCUUAACACGUCGCAUUAUAUCGAUGAUUUAACAUUUGGUAAACGUUUUCCUAAUCAAAUCAAUCCUCUUGUAAACACGAAACAUGUGACGAGUUCUCAUGACAACGGUGCCGUUCUUUUUCAUUACUAUGUGAAAGUUGUUCCAUCAACGUAUGUGUUUCUGGAUGGCACAGAGCUACUUACCAAUCAAUAUUCCGUGACUAAACAUAAGAAAAUUAUCAAAAACAUCUUCGAUGCAUCCGAUCAACAAUUACCCGGAACGUUUUUUACUUAUGAAAUAAGUGCUAUUAUGGUGAAAUUUGUCGAACAAAAACGAUCGUUAGCUCGGUUUCUGACUUCGUUAUGCGCAAUUAUUGGAGGUGUUUUUACAGUUUCAAGUCUUAUCGAUGCUUUUCUUUAUCGUAGUAGCUGUAUGUUACAUAAACAAAGUGAACUUGGCAAAGGCACUUGA